UCGUCAUCUGCGCGCGCUGCCGCAACGCGAUGAUGGCGCCGAUGAAGCUCCUCGCCGUCCUGGCGUGCGUCAACGGCCUCAGGCCGCCCGCGAACACGCCCCUGGCCCGCGACACGCGCGCGGAGUACUCGAAGGAGAGCGCGGGGCCCCAGAUCGACCUGUUGGCGAAGCAGCACCGCAUGACCGUCAUGUCCGUCGAGCGGGCGAAGCUCGAGGUUUUCGCGGCGUACGCGCCGCGCAUCGCCGAGCUCGAGGCGCAGCUGAAGAUCAAGGAGCUCGAGGCGCAGAUCGCCGCUAACGGCGCCGCGCCCGCCAACGGCGCCGCCGCGAUCCCCAUCGCGCCCUCCGCGCCCGUCGCGCUGCCCGACGCGCCCGCCGCGCCGACCCUCGACUUCCUCGAGUACGCCGAGAUCCCCAAGACGGCGUUCAAGCCCACGGCGCCCUACAAGUCGGCGAUCCGGAGCGUGAAGCGCGCGAUCGGGCCCGACGCGCCCGGGGAGAUCUGCCACGUCGUCAUGACGACGGAGGGCAAGCUGCCCUACGUCGAGGGCCAGUCCGUCGGCGUCGUGCCGCCGGGGAACAAGGGCGGCAAGCCCCACCAGCAGCGGCUCUACUCCAUCGCGUCGACGCGCUACGGCGACGACGGCGCGGGCGACUCCGUGUCGCUCUGCGUGCGCCGCGCGGUCUACGUGGACCCGGAGACGGGCGAGGAGGACCCGGCGAAGAAGGGCAUCUGCUCGAACUUCCUCUGCGACGGCAGCCCCGGCGACGUCGUCGCGCUCACGGGCCCCGUGGGCAAGGGCCUGCUGCUCCCGGAGUCGCCGGACGCGGACGUCAUCAUGGUCGCGACGGGCACGGGCGUCGCGCCCUACCGCGGCUUCGUCAAGCGCCUCUUCGACGAGCAGACGCCCGCGAACGACGCCUUCACGGGGCGCGCGUGGCUCUUCUUCGGAGGGCCGACGUCGGACUCGAUCCUCUACCCGGAGCUCUGGGACGCCGCGAAGGCGUCCAAGCCGGACCAGUUCGACCUCACGCUCGCGAUCUCGCGGGAGCAGACGAACGAGGACGGCGGCCGCAUGUACGUGCAGCACCGCAUCGUCGAGCACGCGGACGAGAUCUUCGACCGCCUCGACAACGGCGCCCACUUUUACCUCUGCGGCCUCAAGGGCAUGCAGCCGGGCAUCGAGGCCGCGCUGGAGGAAGUCUGCGACAAGAAGGGGCUCGUCUUCAAGGACUGGGUCAAGGCGCUCAAGAAGGACAAGCGCUACCACGUGGAAGUCUACUAGGGUCGCCAAGGACCCCCGCCCCCGUGUGCCCUGUACAUAAAACCACAGUCGAAGUC